CUCGGAGGGGGACAGCGAGCACAGAUAAAAUGUUUGACUUCCAUCAAUCCUCCCAAAACAUCCUCUCAGUCCUCACAGGAAUGCUAUAGCGACCUGCACUUUGAUUUAAACCCUCACCCCAGCUCACACUGACUUCUGGAUACACAUUUACAACAACAACUACUCCAAGGAGCCAACCUGUUACUCAGAGGAGACACAGGCUGUGUUGCGAAAUUUCCCCAACAAACAAAAGUUAUUUGGUGGGAUUACGAGCGACGAGGAAAGGGGCAGCUGUGUCCCAAACUGUUACCUGACAGAGGGUCAGGGAUCAUGACAGCGCUGGCAGGAGGUUUACCGAGAAUGAUGAGACCGACUCCUCACCAGAACUAUCCCCGAGGAGGAUACUCUCUGGAAGUUUCUACUCCGCUUGGACAGGGUCGAGUUAACCAGCUCGGUGGAGUCUUCAUAAACGGCAGACCUCUCCCCAACCACAUCAGACACAAAAUCGUGGAGAUGGCCCAUCACGGUGUCCGUCCGUGCGUCAUCUCUCGCCAGCUGCGCGUGUCCCACGGCUGCGUGUCCAAAAUCCUGUGCCGGUACCAGGAGACAGGCUCCAUCAGGCCGGGUGCCAUCGGAGGCAGCAAGCCCAAGCAAACUUCUACUCCAGAGGUGGACAAAAAAAUCGAAGAGUACAAGAGAGAGAACCCGGGCAUGUUCAGCUGGGAGAUCAGGGACAAAUUACUGAAAGAUGGAAUCUGCGACAGGAACAACGUUCCCUCAGUGAGCGCCAUCAGUCGCAUCAUGCGCUCCAAAUUCGGCGGAGUUGGCGGUGAUGAUGAUGAGGAUGAUGAGGAUGUGGUGAAGAGGGAGAUGGAGGAAAGCGAGCCACGAACAAAACACAGCAUCGAUGGCAUUCUGGGAGACAGAUCAAGUCACUCGGAUGAGGGCUCCGAUGUGGACUCCGAGCCAGGCCUGCCUCUGAAGAGGAAGCAGCGUCGCAGUCGCACCACCUUCACGGCAGAGCAGCUGGAGGAGCUGGAGAGAGCCUUUGAACGCACACACUACCCUGACAUCUACACACGGGAGGAGCUGGCUCAGCGGGCCAAGCUGACGGAGGCCCGGGUUCAGGUAUGGUUCAGCAACAGAAGAGCCAGGUGGAGGAAGCAAGCAGGGGCAAGUCAACUGAUGGCAUUUAACCACCUCAUCCCUGGUGGUUUCCCUCCCUCAGCCAUGUCAGGCCUGCAGCCGUAUCAGCUCUCUGACAGCCCAUACACUCCCACUUCUAUCGCUCAAGCAGCAUCUGAGCAGCCAAGUACAGUCCACCGACCGCAGCCUCUGCCACCCACCUCCGUGCACCAAAGUGGGCUCAGUUCAUCAGCUGGUUCCCAGGAUGGCGGCUCGGCUUACUGCCUCUCCUCUGGACGUCACGGCUUCUCAGGAUACUCGGACAGCUUUGCACCGACAGGACAUGGCAACACAGUCAACCCUGCCAUCAGCAACAGCCUCUCACCACAGGUAAUGGGCCUAUUGAACCCAGGAGGAGUCCCUCAUCAGUCCCAGAGUGACUUCGCCCUCUCUCCUCUGACUGGAAGUCUAGAGCCUAACGGUGGCAUGGCCACCAGUUGCCAUGGUUCUCAGCGUCUAGAGGCCCUACCAGGCCUGACCAGUAUGCCAACACUUCCCAGCACCCAGUCUUACUGCCCACCUUCCUACACCACCCAAGCCUACGCCGUGGACCACCACCCAUCCUACCAGUACGGACAGUACAGCCAGAGCAAGGUGCCUUUCAUUAUAUGAAACCCCCAACAUGGCCUGAACAGGAGGCUUCCCAGCCUGUCUGACAUUCACCGCCCCCCCCCCAAAGUCGCUACCUUUGCCAAACCUCCCCAGCCCUGAGGACAGCGAGAGAAAAGAGAGGGUUGGCUGGUUUGAAGGGGUUGAGGUUUCUCCUCCAGCAAGGGAACCAGUGGAGAUGGAGGUGUAUUUAGUGAUGGCAAAGGAGGGGGGUUGAGUGAAAUAAUUGGGACCAAAGGCAACAGCCUCUCCUGUUACCUGGCAAUCUUUACUUGCUUGUGCGUCACUUCAUGCUCCAAGGACCAAGCACGAUUCAUUGUCCACGCUUAAAGAGGAAAAGAAGAGGGGCGGGAGUAAAUACAUUCAAGGUUCUGUAUUUGAUUUUUGUAAUAAGUGGCAGAGACUCAAGUUGAGGUGGACUUUGUAAGCCCUCUCUUGAGUGUCUCCUCAUCACAAUGUCUUAAUGCAUUUAUUGUACAUUAAUGCGACUUCUGUCAAAGACAUUUGUGGUGAAUAUGUGACUACACCAGGAAAACCAGCAGAAAGGCAUGGACAGAGGAGGAUUGGAGUCAUAGUGAAAACCACUGCAACCCAAAGAAAGUGCAAUACAUUCAUACCUCAUGUGAUGUAAAUGAACAACCAGGAUCAAAUGCCCCUGACUAUAUCCUCAAGAAUAUGCUCUCUGUUUGUUAAUCUCAUUCAUUUUUGUUUGUGUGCAUUGACCAAUCAGGGGAAAUCAUCAAUAUAUGAAAAAAUAAAGCAAAAGGUAGCUGUGAUGUCAGUAAGCCAAAAAUUCUCUGCCGGUGCAUACAUUAUUCAAACUUACAGUUAUUUUUCUCUAUGUUUGCAUGUACUGUAUUAAAUUAGUUUUCAGCAGGAACUUGCAAAAAAAUGGUUCCACUUCUUAUUUAUUUAGUGUGUUCAGUGUUAUGUCUCUUCUGUGCUUCAGUAAGUCUUACACAACGUUCAGUAUACAUGUUUCCUUUUUUUUUGUAUAAUUUUCAUUUACAUUGCAUAAAAGGAUUUUGUUGUAAUAAAUUUGUGUACAAUA